AUGUUUAAACAAGUUAGUACUAGAUUAGCAAAUAAUUCCAAACACUUUUUAACUAGAUCUUAUAUUGCUGGUCAGUUUACUGGUCAAAAAAAAUCAAAUGGUAAGUAUACUGUUACUUUAAUUGAAGGAGACGGUAUUGGGCCAGAAAUUUCUCAAGCUGUCAAAGAUAUUUAUGCUGCUGCUAAUGUUCCAAUUGAAUGGGAACCUGUUGAUGUUACACCUUUAUUAAUUGAUGGUAAAACUACUUUACCUCAACCAGCUGUCGAUUCAGUUAAUAGAAAUUUAGUUGCUUUAAAAGGUCCUUUAGCUACUCCCGUUGGUAAAGGUCAUACUUCAAUGAAUUUAACUUUAAGAAGAACUUUUAAUUUAUUUGCAAAUGUUAGACCUUGUAAAUCAAUUGUUGGUUAUGAAACACCUUAUAAAGAUGUUGAUACUGUUUUAAUUAGAGAAAAUACUGAAGGUGAAUAUUCUGGUAUUGAACAUACAAUUGUUCCUGGUGUUGUUCAAUCGAUUAAAUUAAUUACUAGACCUGCUUCUGAAAAAGUUAUAAGAUAUGCUUUUGAAUAUGCUAAAUCAAUUAAAAAACCUCAUGUUUUAGUUGUUCAUAAAGCCUCAAUUAUGAAAUUGUCUGAUGGUUUAUUUGUUAAUACUGCGAAAGAAAUUUCAAAAGAAUAUCCAGAUAUUAAAUUAGAUUUUGAGUUAUUAGAUAAUACUUCAUUAAAAUUAACUGCUGAUCCUUCUCAAUAUAAAGAAAUUGUUAUGGUUAUGCCAAAUUUAUAUGGUGAUAUCAUGUCAGAUUUAUCAUCAGGUUUAAUUGGUGGUUUGGGUUUAACUCCAUCAGGUAAUAUGGGUAAUAAAGUUUCAAUUUUUGAAGCUGUUCAUGGUUCAGCUCCUGAUAUUGCUGGUAAAGGUUUAGCAAAUCCAACUGCUUUAUUAUUAUCAUCAUGUAUGAUGUUGAGACAUAUGUCAUUAAAUUCUGAUGCUGAUAAAAUUGAAACUGCAGUAUUGAAAACUAUUGCUUCAGGUCCAAAAAAUAGAACUGGUGAUUUGAAAGGUACUGCUACAACUACACAUUUUACUGAAGAAGUUAUUAAAAAUUUAUAA